UUCUUGGCUUCAAUGGCUACCAAAGCUUCGUGCUUUUCCUGUAAGGCCGAGAGUGAUCGGUUCGUUAAUGGAUGGGAGCUCAAGGACGGGUCUUUCGCCCAGCUCUGCAAGAAAUGCGGGAUACUUCCCACACUCUUUCUGGAUGAAGAAGAGCCCGAAGUGUAUUGACUAAAUCUACGUGCCUCAAGAGUGAUAGUACUCUUUGUGGAAUUGUAGGGUCCUGCAAUAUAAGAGCAAGUUAAUUCAAAUCACUUCCUCAACCAAAUGGCACGAGCGUACUGGUUGCUUGCAUGGAACCAACGUCAUAACAUUUGGUAGUUGACAGGUCCAGUGAAUUUUAAGCAAUUUAAUUUGUUAUAUGUACAUAGGAAAAAAGGGAGGAGUAUGAUUAAAGUAGGAAACUUAUUAUUUAUAUUAAAUGUUGCCGUAGAAUAUGAAACUUAUUAUUUGUAUUAAAUUUUGAUGUAGAACAGUUUAAAUAAAUACAGCAUGCUUAACUUGGUUUGAAUAAUUUGAUUUACCGUUCUUUUUGUUUUCCAAUUCUCAGCAUGUUCUGUUAAGUAAAUCUGAUAUGCUCCCAAGCACUUGUCUGCUGUAACAUAGGGUUUUCAGUCUUAUGGUUGAUUUUAUUUAAGGUACCGAGCUUUCAUACUUGGACUAGUAUAUCUGCCACAUUGUCAUGUGUUGGACAGCUCUGAGCAUUAAAAGAAGUAACAGAUGAUUAUAGUUCAAGUUUGGUUUUAUCCUCGGGUUUUUAUUCUCUUAUACUUAUUACCUCCUGCAAUCCUAGCAACAAUUGGGACCUAAUGUCUUGAAUCCGCACAAGGAAGUUAAUUCAAACAGAAAUCCUUAGCUCAAAUUGGUGAUGAUUAAUAGCUUUCUUGAAACCGUAGUCAAAGCAAAAUCUUACCUUAGAAGGGACGUAGGUCGAUCAUUGGUAAAGAAGUUACCGAACUGUACCUGUAGCCCAUCCAAUGCAAUUUUUUAUUUUGUGAGGUCGUACUUAAGAAAGUAUCUAAUGCAUAGCAAUUUUCCCAUGUGAUCGACAUAAAUGCUAGGUCUUGAGUGUAAACUUUUGUAUUUACUGUAGUGUGGUGUUAAUUUUUCAUAUGGUGAAGUUUGAAAGUGCAAAUGUGAUUAAUUAUACAUAUAUUCCUCAUAGUUUUCGGUAAAUGGUAACUUUCUUAAUCCUUUACAAAGUUAGUUUUGCUUAUGUGAAUGGUAUAUUUUGUGAAACUUUUCACAUGGAAGCGGAAGGCUGGAGAGACUGUGCUGUUUGUGGGAAGCCACUCCAUUGUGGGUGCAUUAUGUCAUGCAACAAGUAUGCACCUCUGGAUUUCGGAGGUGUAGGUUGCUCAAAAUGCUUACUAGAAGUUGAUCAGUCUAUUGCUUCAGGUCGAAUGACCAGAAUGCUGAAAGCAAUAGUUGCCACGUAUAAGACAGAUCCAACAGUUUCAUCUGAUCCUACUGAGAAAGUUGUCGAGUCCCUUUCUCCUGGAUCUUCACAAGCGCCUGCUCCUCAUUUUGGAGAAGAAGCCAAUACGGAUGCAUCUAAAGGAGAUACAGCUUGUGAAACCAAAGUAGACAGUGAAAUACCUCAAGUGGAUAUCUCCACAGGAAACCAUUUACACCCUGACAAUCUGCCGAAGAUGACAAGUGCUGAGCAACUCCAAAAAGUCUCCGGAAACUUAAACUCUGAUCUUAUACCUCUGUUUGAGAAGUCAUCAACCACAAGUGAUGCUAAUCGUAGUACAGGAUGUCUUGUGAUACCAAAGAAAUACGCAGAGGAACAAUCUCCUAGGGACAUUGAAACCGGCCCUACGCCUGUAGAUGCAAGUCUGAAAGUAGACCACGAACAAUCUCCGAUGGAUAUGGAAACAAGUCCAAUGCCUAUAGUAACAAAUCAGAAAACAAACCAGGAACAAUCUCCAAGGGACAUUGAAACAAGUCCAACACCUGUAGAUACGAGUCUGAAAACAGACCAGGGACAAUCUCCAAGGGAUAUGGAGACAAGUCCAACUUUUGUAGAAGCAAGUCGGAAAUCAGACAAGGAACAAUCUCAAAGGGAUAUGGAAACAGGUCCAACACCUGCAGAAACAACCCUUAAAACAGACCAGGACUGUGAACCGUGUGCUAUCCUUGGAUGCAUGAAGGUUUUUAUGCAAUUCUCCAUUAGGCUUUUUAGACUUUCUGCUCCAAAGCGGAAAUUGAGUAAUUUUCUUUGUUAUUUCCAUCUUGCGAGUGUAAACUGAAAUGAUAGAGGAGAUACUUACUAGCCAUAUAUACUGUAGGUUUAAGUGCACUUCAAAUAUACAAUGGCUUUAAGGUUAUUUCAGAUAAUAUGCCUUUAUUGUUUUUUCUUUUUGAGCAAAAGACGAGUGG